AGGUUAAGAAUCUGGAUUGGUCCCUGAGCAUGCCGCAAGGAAAGGCAUUUGGAUCAUCCAAAGAAUUGUUUUUUGGGUUUGUGUCGUCACGAGUUCUUGAGUUUCUAAAUACAGGGUCAGACCCCAUUCAUCCUUCCUACAAGUGGAAUGCCAUUCUCUGCAUAACCUUUCUUACUCCUCUCCAAAACAAUGAAGGAUUGCUCCUCUUUCUUCCUCUGCCUCCUCAUUUUCUUCUUCAUUUCUCCAAAUGUUAUUUUGACAGGGCAUGCUUUCACGGGGACAUAUGGAGUGUGCUAUGGAAGAAUCGCGGAUAAUAUACCUGCGCCUAGCGAGGUGGCGACCCUCCUCAGAAGGGCGAAGAUCAAGAACAUCAGAAUCUAUGAUGCUGAUCACAGCGUCCUCACCGCCUUUGAGAACUCCGGCGUUGAAAUAGUUGUCGGCCUUGGUAAUGAGUUUUUGAAAGAUAUAAGCAUAGGUGAGGACCGCGCAAUGAAUUGGAUUAAAGAGAAUGUCCAGCCGUUCCUCCCGGGGACCCUCAUCCGUGGAAUCGCUAUAGGAAAUGAGAUUUUAGGAAGUACUGAUCCUGAACUUUGGGAAGUCUUGCUUCCAGCAGCUCAAAAUGUCUAUAGUGCGCUUCAACGUCUAGAUCUGAACAAGAAAAUUCUAGUCCAGACUGCGCAUUCGGAAGCUGUCUUCGCCACUUCGUAUCCGCCUUCUGCAGGGGCAUUCAAGGAGGAUGUCCUUCUAUACAUGAGGCCUCUUCUACAGUUCUUCUCUCGGAUUGGGUCUCCAUUUUACAUAAACGCGUAUCCCUUCCUAGCAUAUAAGAGCGAUGCCGAGCACAUUGACGUUAACUACGCCCUCUUCAAAUCAAACCCGGGAAUACGUGAUAAUAAGACUAAAUUACAUUACGACAACAUGUUUGAGGCUCAGGUAGAUGCAGCAUAUGCUGCUCUUGAAAAGGUCGGGUUCCCGAAAAUGGAGGUCAUUGUGUCGGAAACAGGCUGGGCUUCCAAGGGAGACGCAGACGAACCUGGGGCCUCACUGAAGAACGCCAAGACUUACAACUCCAAUCUGCGUAAAAAGCUUCUUAAGAAAAAGGGCACGCCUUACAGGCCUAAGAUCCCUGUCAAGGCAUACGUGUUUGCUUUGUUCAAUGAGAAUUUGAAGCCCGGACCGACCUCCGAAAGGAACUUCGGAUUGUUUAAGGCUGAUGGGAGCAUCUCGUACAAUAUUGGGUUUCCUGGUCUUACAUCUAAAGCAGCCUCGACUCGGAUCUCUUUCAAGGAGUUCUAUAGUUCUUCCUAUGUAUUGGCGCUAACGACUGGUGCGGCUGUGCUCCUUCUGAACUCAUUUUCGUAUUAAGAAAACGGUCCGGAGGUCACUCAAGUCCUAGGACACAUUUGAAGCCAACCCAGAAACCAGAGGAUUCAAGUUCUCAAUUUGUAUGUCCUCGUGUAACUAUCUGAUUCAUUUAAGUAACAUCCAAUUCUUUCAAAUGUUCAUCCCCAUUGUACAGACUAGAGAUCUGAACACAAUGGUGAAUUAACGACUUUCUUGCUUCU